CGACCGUUUAAACGUCGCCGUCCUCCUCCAUUUCUAUGGCUCUCAGCUCCAACAGCCUCAAAUUGCAAACCAGUUUCUUGUUUCUGUUUCGUUUCGUUUGAUCAAUCGUUAACUCUUCUUCUUCCUAUUGUUGUCUGAGCACGGCUUGCAAGUUCGUUUCAAAACCCUAAUUCGAGCAAACCCUUUUUGAAUUCGUGUUGUAUAAAUACAGGGGGAGUGUAUGUAUAUAUAAAAAAUGGUGGGCGCUUCGCUGGCCGGCUUGCAAGAUCAUCUGAAGUUAGCGAGAGAGUACGCAGUGGAAGGGCUCUAUGACACUUCUGUUAUCUUCUUCGAUGGCGCCAUUGCUCAGAUCAACAAGCAUUUGAACACGGUUGAUGACCCUUUGCUUCGUUCCAAAUGGAUGAAUGUAAAGAAAGCGAUUUCAGAAGAAACAGAGGUCGUGAAGCAGUUGGAUGCUGAGAAAAGGUCGUUCAAGGAGGUUCCUAUUGGUAGGCGGCCUAAUUCUCCUCCUAUUUCGACCAAAUCGUCUUUUGUAUUUCAACCAUUGGACGAAUAUCCUACAUCUUCUGGUGCCCCAAUGGAUGACCCUGAUGUGUGGAGGCCACCUAGUCGAGAUCCUACGGGUAGGAGACCUACAAGAAGUAAUCAAGUGGGCAUGAGGAAGUCACCACAAGAUGGAGCUUGGGCUCGUGGAGGUUCCACAAGAACAACUGCACGGGGAGGAAGGACUGGUGCGACUAGUAAGGCCAACACAGGUGUUCGAUCAUCAACUACUGGAAGGAAAACAUCUGGGAAGUCCACCACUGGGAAAGCUGAUUCUGCAAAUGGUGAUCCUGAGGAUGGAAAGCCGAAAAAAAUUCAAUAUGAAGGCCCUGAUGCAGAUUUGGCAGCUAUGCUUGAAAGGGAUGUAUUGGACUCCACUCCUGGCGUUAGAUGGGAUGAUGUGGCUGGGCUGAGUGAAGCAAAAAGACUUCUUGAGGAAGCUGUGGUUCUUCCACUAUGGAUGCCCGAAUAUUUUCAGGGAAUUCGAAGGCCUUGGAAGGGUGUUCUCAUGUUUGGCCCUCCUGGUACGGGGAAGACUCUUCUUGCUAAGGCAGUAGCGACUGAGUGUGGGACGACUUUCUUCAAUGUUUCUUCUGCGACCUUGGCUUCAAAAUGGCGUGGAGAAAGUGAAAGAAUGGUCCGGUGCUUAUUUGAUCUUGCGCGAGCUUAUGCUCCCAGUACAAUAUUCAUUGAUGAGAUUGAUUCUCUCUGCAAUGCUCGCGGGGCUUCUGGAGAACAUGAAUCAUCCAGAAGGGUGAAGUCUGAACUUCUAGUUCAGGUAGAUGGUGUCAAUGCUUCUUCCACCAAUGAAGAUGGUACACGGAAGAUAGUGAUGGUUUUAGCAGCUACAAAUUUUCCUUGGGAUAUAGAUGAGGCAUUAAGGAGGCGGCUUGAGAAAAGAAUCUACAUCCCGUUACCAAAUUUUGAGAGUCGUAAGGAGCUUAUACGAAUAAAUUUAAAAACUGUAGAGGUCGCACCAGAUGUGGAUAUAGAUGAAGUUGCGCGUCAGACAGAGGGAUACAGUGGGGAUGAUCUAACAAAUGUUUGUCGCGACGCUUCAUUAAAUGGCAUGAGGCGCAAGAUAGCCGGAAAGACACGUGAUGAGAUCAAGAACAUGCCAAAGGAUGAGAUUUCAAAGGAUCCGGUUGCAAUGUGCGACUUCUUAGAAGCCAUCGCUAAGGUUCAACCCAGUGUUUCUGCGGCUGAUAUUGAGAAGCACGAGAAAUGGUUUUCUGAAUUUGGAUCGGCAUAGAGCUUCGAAUUUCUUGCACUUUUAGCUUUGCUGCUUCAUGUGUCUCAUUUCGUCCACUUCUCAAACUAGUGUUCGGUUUCUUGGUCGGAAGUCAAACGUUGCAAAGGAAUCCGAUCAUCGGUCUUUUUUUUGUUUUUUUUUUUCGUCAGCUCAGUAGCUAUAUUGGCCGCUUGGUUGAUUGUUUUCUGAAUAGUGAGAGGUGCUCACUUUGUUGUGUUCUUUGUAUUAGUAACCUUGUACUCAAAGGCUUUAUGUUUGUUCCCUCUGCUAAUGGUACAGAAUCACUGUUUUCCUUA